AUGGAUUCUUUUAUACAGAAAGCAAAGAACUUCAAGCAGAAUCCGCUGAGUUCCAUCAACAAGAAAGUGGUGAAUGCAGGGAAGUUGCUUGCAGAGAUGACAGAGGAGAGGAUUGAGAGCAUCAGGAUGUUUGUCAAGUGUCAGCGGCUGGUGGACUGGCUGAGAACAAAGAUCCAUGAUACAAAGGAGCUGAAGGUGUUUGUGGACCUGGCCAGCAUCUCUGCAGGUGAGAGUGACAUAGAGGUGGACAAGGUGAACUGCCUUCUGUCAGCUGGUGUUGGAUAUGCACCCCUCAUCUAUGACCUGAAGGAGGAAUCUGACUUUGAUGCACUGAUGAAGUGCUGCAGGCACUUCUGGACUGCCCUGGAGAAGGACAAGCACCUGCCUAAGAAACUGAUGGACACCACCCGCAACCUGGAGUGGCUGAAGGGUGUGAGUGACUCCCAUGGGUCUGUGGAGAUGUCCUCCCUCUCUCAGACUGAAGCCAUCAAUGCCAGGGGAGUCUACGAGAUCGGAUGCUUCGGCCAAAACCAGGCAUUGAAUGACUUAGAGUCGGUGGUGAGACUAAGAGUAGAAGGUGCAGAGUCUGAGGAGGCUGAUGAUGAGGACAUGGCUGCUAAAGAGCUGAAGGAGUAUAACCUGUCCAUGCUGAAGAGUCUGCAGAGUAAGCUCAUGCUGCUGGCAGGGAAGGCUGACAAGGGAAGCCAGGAAGUCGACAGAUUUGUGGAGAUUCUGACAGGUGUGACAAGACUGGGACAGGCCUAUGUGCACCUCUACAAUGCUGGUGCUGUCCUGUUCAACAACUGGAACGCUGUUGUGUACUGUGAGGGCAACAGAAGGGUCAAAGUCAUGGUCAACUUUGGCUUUGACACACCUGUCCUCUAUGGCACAAGGGCAGCAGUUGAAGAACAGCUGACCCAGCUGGCAAAGUACAUGGAGGUCUGUCUGGAUGAGUGGCUGGGUGCCAUGGACAAAGCCAGACUGGAGUACGACGAACUGAAUCACUUCACCACCGAGCAGAUUGUGGUUCUACGCAAAGCUCUGGCAAAGAUGAUUGAUCCCAGUGAAAAAGUGUCGCCCCAAGUCCUGGCCCUGCUGUCCAGCAUCAAGCCACUGUGUGCUGAAGAUGACAUCAGGAGGGCAAUGGCACGUGUGGCAGGGGACAUCGAUGCCAUGGAAGAGGAGAACAUCAACGAAGAACCAGAGAUGGAGGAGGCAGCGAGGAAGCUGUGGUCCAUGGAUGAUGAAGAGAGGGAGGAGUUUGUGGAGAAGCUGAAGCAGAUGGUGCCUGAUCUGACAGAUCGGGUUGCCAUGGCAGCGAUGAAGGCUACCAAGGGCAACCUGGAAGAGGCUGUCGAAUGGUGCAUCAUCAACAUGGACGAUGAUGAUGUCAUCGACCAGGUCCUGAAUGGUAAGGAGGAAGAGGAAGAAGACAUGGUUGCUGCUGUGGAAGAUGUCAUCCCAGAGAUGGUGGAAGACAGCAGUAUCAUGUUGACUUCCAUACAAGAACCUGUGUCCCUUGCUGGCUUCACAAGUAUGUCACUGUCCAGAGAUCUAGAGGAACCCAGGAAAGAGACAAUGAUUAAAAAAAUGGAGUCAGUUUGGGCAGAGUACCUGACCACUGUGAAGUCCACCACAUUUGAAGAGUACAUCAGCAUCGAUCACCUGGCCUUGGUGCUGAGGAAUCUUUCCAGCACUGCAAACAUCACUGUAGGUCGACAGUGGCCAAGUCGAUUCUUAGAGGCGGGCAAGCCCAACCUUGUAGUGUGUCCACAAGACGACAUCUGGCAGACAGUGUUGUUUCUGUACAUGCAAGGCCAGACAACACAGCCUCUGCCAUCUUACAGGGAAGUGCUGAUCUGUACUCCCCACACAACUCUGGAGGAGGUGGUCCUCCUGUGGAGAAGAGCUGUAGGAGACCAGACAGGAGGAAUCUUCUGCCUGGUGGCAGCUGACCAGCUGGACUAUGAUGUCAGCGUCAGGGCAGAGGAGAUGAGGUGCAAACUCUUCCAAGGGAAAUCAGGCUAUCAUGUUGCUGUGGUGUGUGCAUCGGAGAGACAGCACCAGUCAUACAUGGUGACUGCCCUGGACCAGUACAAGGUGCCCAUCCCCCACGUGCCCUCCCACGAGCAUGUUCACGAGUACCUGCUGUCACAGUUCCAGCAGCAGUAUGCUGGCACAACUCUGAUGGCAUCAGCUGUAGAUCACCAACGGUCAUCAGUGCGAGUGAUAUCCUCCCAGCGAGCGGGUGUUGGCAAGUCCCUUGUCGUCCAGCGUCUCUCAGAAGAACUGAAGAAGAAGCUCCCCAGGGUGCUGAGGGGGAGACUGUCCUACAUCAAGGUUCCCCUGCACGAGGCAACAGUGAACAAUGAUGCAGUUCUUGAGGCGUUACUCCGUCAUUCUGUCAACCCAGCCAGUCCCUCCCCUAGAAUCAUCCAUCUGGACAUCUCUCCUUUGGUACAUACAGCAGUGGACUGCCUCCUGUUUAACCUCCUGGUGCUGGGUAGUCUGGUGGGGAGAGACGGGGCGGUGUGGAGACGCCUCCCCUGGGACCUAUACGUGGUGGAGCACACCUACAAACCACAGGCAGAUGACAAACAGACCAGGGAAGACAACAAGUCAUUUGUGUCCAUGCUACCAAGAGUGACGUGCAUCUCGCCAAGGGAGACAUAUGACAUGCUGACAAAAGGUCAACAAGCUAUUCCAGGGUUGCGUCAGGUAGACGAUGUGAUGUUCAGGAGUGUGGAGUACCAGCGCCCGUACCAGUACCUCAGGAGGUGGAUGGCAAAUACCAACCUGGAAACCUUCGUCUUCACCCCGUCCCACGCAGAAGGGACUCAUCAGAACUUUCUGCACACUGUUCUCAGCUACUGUGGCAUGGAGGAUCCGUCCUGGGCCGAGCUGCUGCACUUCCUGUCCUUCCUGAACUACCAGCUGCAGGACUACGAGCACUCCGCCUUCUGUCUGGACUUUCUCAGGGACACCCUCCCUGGCUUCAGGAAGUUUGUGGUGCAGUUCAUGAUCAUCAUGUCCAAGGAUUUUGCAACUCCAUCCCUGAACAUGAGUGACCAGAGCCCUUCCCUAAAGAUGGCACUUUCAGCUGAUGAUCCGCAGCAGCAAGCAGAGAUUCAGCAGUUCCAGCUAAGGAGAACCUGGGAGACCAGCCCUCACCCAUACCUGUUCUUCAAUGCUGACCACAACACCAUGACGUUCCUGGGGUUCUAUGUGGAUCGUGCCGGGAGUGUCAUUGACGCUACUGGACAGCUUCUCGAGCAGAAUGUGAUAACUGCUAACCUGUACCAGGGACUGACUGGCAACGGCGUCAAGUUUAACGCCAACUUUGAUGACCUGACCAGGUUUGAGAAGAUCCAGAAGUUGUGCUUUGUGAUGGGCAUUCAUGAUGUGUUCUAUGAUCCCGACCCGUCCUAUGAACUGACAACAGACAACGUCAAGAAGAUUCUGGCUAUCCAGAUGAGAUUCAGGUGCAACAUCCCAGUCAUCAUUAUGGGAGAGACGGGCUGUGGCAAAACCAGGCUCAUCAAGUUCAUGUGUGACCUUCAGGCCGGCCAUGUCAAGGGCAAGAAACAUCCUGAGAACAUGAUCAUCAUGAAGGUCCAUGGAGGUGUGAAAGCAGAGGACAUCAUACGUAAGGUGGAGAAAGCUCAGCAGACUGCCCGGUUCAACAGGGACCGGCACAACAUCGACACUGUGCUGUUCUUCGACGAGGCAAACACCACAGAAGCCAUUGGUCUGAUUAAAGAGAUCAUGUGUGACGGGACGAUAGCAGGGCAGCCGCUCAACAGGCAACAGGGCUGCUUGAAGAUCGUUGCAGCCAUUAAUCCCUACAGAAGACACACAUAUGACAUGAUCAGGAGGCUGGAGGAGGCAGGACUAGGCUACCAUAUCAAGGCUACAGAGACAAAGGACAGGUUUGGUCACAUCCCUUUGCGCCAGCUGGUGUACCGUGUGCAGCCCCUCCCGCCCAGCAUGCUGCCUCUGGUCUGGGACUUCGGGCAGCUCAGCAGUGACGUGGAGGAGAAGUACAUUGUGCAGAUGGUCAACAGAUGUGUAAAAAAGCACAGCCUUCCAGCAAAUUCCACAAAGGUUGUGAGCGCUGUACUGGCCGCAUCCCAGAGAUACAUGAGGAGCAAGAAGGAUGAGUGCAGCUUUGUGAGCCUACGUGAUGCAGAGAGAACACUGACUGUCCUUUGUUGGUUCUACCAAAUGUCUGGUAAACUGAGGGAGCUGAUGCCAGAUACAGGCAGGAGCACGAGGGCAAAUGCACACAUAUCUGACUUCACCAGAGCUCUUGUCCUUGCCAUCGGUGUGUGCUACCACUCCCGCCUGGAGACACGGAAACACUACAGGAGAUACGUGGCACAACACUUCACAGAGCCCUGCCAGCUCCCCCAGGGACCACAGACAGUUGAACAGGAGAUAGACAGAUGCCAAGAUGCGUUCCUUGAUGAGCUGAAGGACCAGCUGGGAGCGAACAUCGCCUGUAACACAGCGCUGAAGGAGAACGUGUUCAUGAUGGUGGUGUGCAUCGAGCUGCAGAUCCCGCUCUUCCUGGUGGGCAAGCCAGGCAGCUCCAAGUCUCUGGCUAAAACCAUUGUGGCAGAUGCCAUGCAGGGAGACUCAGCGCCUUCAUCGUUGUUUAAAGGACUCAAACAGGCCCAGAUGGUUUCCUUCCAGUGCAGCCCGCUUGCCACACCAGAAGGCAUUGUGGGAACUUUCCGCCAGUGCAGCAAGUUCCAGAAGGACAAGGACCUGUCCCGCUUUGUGUCUGUGGUUGUGCUGGACGAGGUGGGACUGGCAGAGGACUCCCCCAAAAUGCCCCUGAAGACCCUGCAUCCGUUGCUGGAGGAUGGGUAUGAAGAGGAAGACCAAGAGAAAGAGGAUGAAGAAGAUGAUGAUGGUUCAGAGGAGGAAGAGGACCAGGAUCCGACCAGGUCCCACAAGAAGGUUGCCUUUGUGGGGAUCUCCAACUGGGCUCUGGAUCCUGCUAAGAUGAACAGGGGCAUCUUUGUGUCCAGGGGGAAACCAAGGAAAGAAGACCUGACCAAGAGUGCUAGGGGUAUCUGUGAGAAUGACCACCAUGUCCUGGCCAGAAUGAAGACUCUCCUCCCUCACCUGUCUGAGGCCUACCUGAAGCUCUACAACAGCCAGGACAGGGAGUUCUUUGGCCUUCGAGACUUCUACAGCCUGGUGAAGAUGGUGUAUGGUUUCUGUAAGACGUCGGAGAGACCCCCCACCAAGGCUCAGGUGGUUCACGCAGUCCUUAGGAACUACGGUGGCAGGGAUGACAUGGAUCUUCUGCAGAAGUUUGGACAAGUUGUAGGGACACUCCCAGAUGAAAAGCAUGCUGAUGAUCCAGACUGCACCCCCAGUGGCCUGAUCAGAGCAAGUGUUCACGGCAUGCACUGUGAAGGUGAGAGCCGUUACCUGAUGGUCCUGACCCAGAACUACGCAGCGCUGGGUAUCCUGCAGCAGGAGUUACUAACCAUGUCUGACACUGUCAUCAUCUUCGGCAGCAGCUUUCCUAAGGACCUGGAGUACACACAGGUGUGUCAAAACAUCAACCGUAUCAAGGUGUGCAUGGAGACAGGGCGGACAGUGGUGCUGCUAAACCUGGAAAAUUUGUACGAGAGUCUGUACGAUGCUCUGAACCAGUACUAUGUGUACUUUGGAGGACAGCGGUAUGUGGAUCUUGGCCUGGGUACACACAGGGUCAAGUGCAGAGUCCAUCAAAACUUCAGGCUGGUAGUUGUGGCAGAGAAGGACAUAGUGUACGAGAGGUUCCCCAUCCCCCUGAUCAACCGCCUGGAGAAACACUUCCUGGCGAUCUCCACCGUCCUCACCCCCCAGCAGAAGGCCAUCGCACACAGGCUGGAGACGUGGGCAGAGGCUUUUGCCACACGCAGGAUGGCGCCUCACGAAACUGUCCAGCACAAGUACACCGUAGGAGAUGCCUUUAUUGGCUACCAUCCCGACACGGCCGCUACCCUGGUGUUCCAGGUCUGCUCUGAGAUGAGUGGGGUGGACACAGACGACCCUGCUCUGGAAGAAGAAAUCCUCCAGAAGGCCCAGGACCUGCUCCUGCAGUGUGCCACGCCUGAUGCUGUAGUCAGACUGUCCCAGUCCAGACUGUCGUCAGAGGGGGCAGCGCUGAAUGACAAGUACUUCCACCAUCAGCAACACUCCUGUCUGCAGGAGUUCCUGUGUCACAGGGUCGACCAGGCAAGACAGGCGACAGGACAGCAGCAGGGCAUACAGACACAGGUGACAACCCACUCCAAGCUACUGUCCCACACAGAUGCCCAGACUCUGGCUGCAGCUCUGGGCCUGCCGCCUUUUUAUGUCGCAGUCAUGUCGCUGCAGCAGUUCGACACUGAGCAUCAGUUCUGCAAGCAAAUCAGGGGUUUUCUGACGGAUACUCUACACCAGGAGUCUGUCCUGAUAGUCCAGUGCGACUCCGGCCACACCAACAGUAAUCUGAUAGCCUGUGCCAGGUACUGUGUGCAGGACGAGCAGACGCAGGUGGGCAACACCACGGCACACCUGGUGUUCAUCGUCCAGCUGCCCCGCCUGCCCGGAGGCUGCUUCGUGGGGUUCCAGGGCGGGAAGUGGACGUGUGCUCACAUUGACGACCUGCAGCCGCCGCAGAAGAACGCGCCCGACGUGGCACAGAUGAGGGGCAAACCAAUCAGCCAGCUCCUGGGGGGACACAGGAAGGAGGAGGAGACAGGCUCCAUGGAUGGAGAUGAUGAUGAGGAAGGACACAUGGCUAAUGGAUCAGUACAGAUGGAGGAGGAAGAGCCUGUCCAAGGUACUGAAGCUGAAGUUAAUGAGGACAUGGAUGUAGAUGAUGAUGAUGAGCUCCAGGGGUCGGCCAUGGAUGAGAAUGGUGGUGAUACUCAGGAGGGGAUGGACCUGGAAGAUAUUGAACUGGAACUCACUGCAGAGGAUGGAGAAACAGAAUCAGAGCCAACAAAAACUGACAAAGUUACUGAGGCAUCUGUCCUGGAUGACAAGAUGCUGCUGGUGAGCUGUAUCCAGGCAGCAGCAGCCAUGCUAGAGGAUCCAAAGGACCUGCCAAAGAGAAGGACUGUGGCCAGGAUCGAGAAGCUCAUGCAGCUUCUUCUGGACAGGAAAGACACAGGUCUGAGUUUCUGUGAUGUGGUGAAGGCUCGCAUCGUGCAGCUGCUGGAGGAGAAGGAGAAGAGCAAAGCGGACGGAGGCGUGAACUGGCUGACCAACGAGGCGGCUACACACAAGGCUAUCACAGAGGCAGGGACACUCAGACAAUCAGCCUGGAACCAUCUGUCCUCAGUGAUAGCCCCUCUGCUGGCUGAGAUUGUUGCAUACGCAGACAGGAACUGUAACCUGGACCACAUGGCCACCCCCGCAGGAGAGUGGACUGUCCCACUCUUCCUGGAUGUCCUGAACGACCAUAACCUGGUGCCUUUCCACUACAACGACAUGCUGUCUCCGGUUAUGAAUGUGCAGCGACAAAAGAUCCCAGUUCUGAGCUCAGGCUGUGGCGAGCAGCUGUUUGAGUGUAGGGUUCCCUUCUCAUGGGUCAUCCGAGGUCAGGUGGAUGCCAUGUGGAAGACUGCACAGAAACUGGAAGCAUCUACUGGUGAGACUCCAGACCAGGCCCUGCCCAGGCUGUUUGAGGAAUCCACCCUCGGCAGGAUUAUCCACAGAGCAGCUGAGCAGGACCAGAGCAAGGAGGACAUCGCAGCCAGAUAUCUGCAUGACUUUGUGUGGAUGACCUACAGGAUGGUGACAACAGAUGUUGAAGAGAUCAAGCUGGUCUGCAGUGCUGUUGAGAUGUCUGCUAGAGAGCUCCAUGCCCAGUCUGGCAGCGAGGAGCCCUUCUGUCUCACCAUCCCCACGGUGCACACAGCCUUCAGUCGUGUGCAGGGACGUCUGCACAACCUGUCCCUGCUCUUGGAGACCACACCAGGCCUGCUGCAGAAGCUCAGUGCAGUGAACUUUGAUUCAGACACAUCCAUGGGUCGUCUGCACAACCUGUCCCUGCUUCUGGAGACCACACCAGGACUGCUGCAGAAGCUCGGUGCACUGGGCUUCGAGUCAGACAUGUCGAUGACUGUGGACACCACAGCUGUGCUUGUAGUUCUUGAGGGCCUGACACCAGAGGCACACAAUGUGACCACCCCCCGGGGACGCCAGAGCUGGCUGGGCAGGAUGCAGUGUGUGGCUCCGGUUGUGGAGCGGGUGUUCGCUGCUGCUGCCUCACCCGACAACAGCGCGUGUUAUGGGGAAAAGAGCCUGACUCAAGUACACAUGGGAAAGUUCCUGUGGAUCCGACUGCAGACCCUUCAGAUGUUCAUGGAACACAUGUUCACAGCAGCUGACGGUGAGGAGUCUCUCAAUACCAAGCAGAUGGAUGUGCUGUGGAAGGUCCUCAGUAAUGAACCUCAGAAUGACUUUAAGAGUGUGAAGACCAUGAAGAAAGUGGAAAGGUUUCUGAAAUCCUGCAACAGCCAGGCUGGGAUCAAGCAUUUCAGUGGAGGGUAUCGAGAGUGUAUGGUUUGCAAAGAGGGGUUGAGGGAACCUGUGAAGCUGCCGUGUGACCAUGUCGGCUGUCAGCAGUGCCUGCGGAGAUGGCUGACCCCUGAUCGACAGAGCUGUCCACUGUGCCGCGCUGCAGUGCCUGAAGAUUUCCAGUGUACUGUUACUUUGGAAUGCAGGGAGGCAGUUGAAAAGCACAAUGCUUACAGGCGUUGCUGCAACUCUUUCUUCAUGGAGCUGGUGUCUCGCUUCUGUUUCGCUGACGGCACGCCGCCAGAGGCUGGGGUGGUGGAGAUGCUCCUUAACUAUGUCGUGAAAAGGGCCCAGGAAGGAACCUCCGACAAAACCAAGAAGUUCACACCAUUCGAGGAUGACUGCAUCGACCAGACACCUGUCAUUCGUUCAUUCCUACUGCAACUCCUGCUACGAGCAAAUUCCCAGGAGGUCAUUGAUCACAUGGAGAAGUAUCUUCAGGCUGCCAGAGGCUUCGUGUUGGACAAGCUAGAGGUCAUUGAACUCCUGGUCAUCUUCAUUCAGUGCAUGGAGGACUCGUACAAACAAGAAGCUGCCCAGUCCCACGACACAGAGACAGCCAUGGUUGAAGUCGCAAUGUCCAAACUGCAGCAGGCUGGGAGACAGGCACACGUAAAUGCUCCAGGCCUGUCAGUGGCCACACUGCUGUUCAUCGCCAACAUUCGGUUUGGACUGUCUGUCGCAGCACAGCUCUUGCAUAAGUACCAUGGGCAGAGGGCUCUGUCAGUACAGGAGGAGAAGAAGCUGGUGAUUGACAGACGGAACCGUCAUUAUAGACUAAGCAAGAGGCUGCUGGACCAGGCCUGGCGGCUGUGUGAGCAGCUGGAGUGGAGGUGGCCGCAGGUGUUCCUGCUGAAACAGCUGUACCGCAGCUGCGGCAUGGACAGCCUGCUGAGUGUGACGGAACAGGCACAGGUGCACCAGCACCUGCAGUGGGUCAUACCACCCGAGGCAAGGGGUGGGAAGGAGGAGAUCAUCCCUGACCGUUUCAUCGUGUGUGGAGACCAGUACCGGCAGCUGAGGGAAGAACUGGCCAAGUCCAUUGUCAGUAAAAACAUGGAAGCUGUCGACAAUGUCCUCCAGGCUAUGGGAGAUCCUGGGAAUGUGAGAGAAGUUCAGCUGCUGUUGGCACUGUACCGGGAGGUCACGGUCUCCAGAGCUAACUCCAACCAGGCCCGCCAUCCUACCCAGGAUUACAUCACAGUCUCCCACCAGUAUCUAGCUGACUCUCCUGUCCUUACCAACAAGCAGCUGGCAAUGGAACUGCUGACUAACAACCAGGGUGGUGGUAAUCUUGCCCUUACAGUGACACCAAACCAGCCCCCCAUCCAGAGGACCCUGUCAGCACUUGUGAUCCACACAGCUGCAGUUCUGGGCACCGAUGUAGGGGGCGUUCUCCUGCCCCUGCAGACCCUCUUACAGAACCCACAGAUCCAUGCUCAUUCCUACUUCCCAACGAUGCCAGAAGAUGCAUUGAUGGAGGCACGUCAGGCACUCGCAGCACGUGAAGCACAGCCGCUGCACUGGUUCCAGUGUGUGAACGGACACCCCUACCCCAUCGGCGAGUGUGGCCAGCCCAUGGAGCAGAGCCGCUGUCCUGACUGUGGGGCAGCUAUCGGGGGAGUUAACCAUCAUCCCGUCCAGCCUAUGCAGGCUGCUAGAAACAAUGAUGCCACCAGACCUGGUCACAUCCUGGGCCCUGCAGCCAACCGGCCGGCUGUACCCAUCGCCGAGCGAGCGCUGUCCACUGUAGCCACCUGUGUGGUGAGGCUGGUCAUGCAUGCAGCUAUGGUCAAGGCUGCCACAAACAACCCUCAGAGUGUUGCGAACGUGAUUGACCCCAGACCACCCAACCCCUCGGAUUUCCUGUGUCGGCACCUUGAACUUGACCUUCAGCAGCUGGGCCGUGCCCUUGGGAGAAGCGCAGACGACGCUGCCCUGUUCAUGCACCUGAUUCUGCACAACCUUCUCACACCUGAAGUACAGGCCCCAGCUGCAGGAGACUGGUCCUCCAAGGAGAAUCGGAGGAGGUGGGAGGAAGUCUUCAUGGCCAGAUGUGUCAACCCCAUCCUCCAUCGGGGUCUGGACACCAUGCUUCAGCAGGCCAACACUGCUCUACACAACGACGACCGCCUCAGUAACAACCCGCUCCUGCAGCUCCUGUGUGAGGUGGUGACCCCCACAGAGAGGCUGAACCUGGACAGACUUGCCGACCUGCCCGAGAUGUGGAGACACAGGCCACAGAUCAACCUGGAGAGUCUGACACAAACCAUGGCGGAGAACCAGCUGCAGCUACCCGUGCUGGAGAAGUUCCUUGCUGAGAAAGAGAUACUUGAGGCCAUGAGACGCCUGCCAGACAUCCUCCGUCUGCAGAGGCUCCUGAUCACCCAGUACCAGGGACACAUUGAUGUCGCCGAGGCAACGUCCAUCAGGAUCAGCGACUUUCUCAAGAAACAGCCUGAAGGUGCAGUGUAUGAGGAGUUCCGCCUGCUUGUUGAGAGUUUCCGUGUUGCCUGGAACCUGAUACGCCACCUGCUGGCCAGAACCACAUCUCAGGCAGUGCCAAGAGAACUGUGCCAGAUGCCAUUUGACCCGGUCAGGACCAGCCUGUACCACCUCCUCCCCAUCAAGAGAACAGUCGCUCCGACCUCCUGCUCCACAGCUCUGGUCCUGUUCCUGGCAAACGCACACAACAGUUUUGUACUGGAGACACAGGGCCAUGCAGCGGCACAGAACUCCAGCAGUGGUAGGUCUGUGCUGUUGAGUGAUGUGAACACUGCCCAUGUAGUGGCCUGUCACCCUGAACAGGACCUCCUGCCCCUGGUGCUGUCCCACUGCAGCUACUCCCUUGCCGUGGGGGAGGGCACCAGGGUGGAGUAUGACCUCCUUGCGCUGGAGAGACAGCUGGUGGAACGGUUCGUCUCAGGAAAACCUAGGAUCAAUGAUGAGUUUGAAACAUUUGUCUUCCGACAAGAGACCAAGAAUGUUGCUAUGUACAAGUCCUUGAGAGACAAGGUACCACAGGAGCCUCUAUCCAAAGCUGUUCAGAUCCACAUCCUGCAGGAGCUGGGGACUCUCACCAAUGUUUGCUCCUCUCUGGCUGCUGUGGACAUUGCCUUGAUCUUCUUGGCAACUACAGGAGGAGACCCCAGCACCCCUAUAAGAGAGUACUUAGACAAGGUGUUGAAAAUGAAGGCAACUGCCGGAUUACAGAGUGUUAAGGCCAACCAGCACUGUCGUCUCAAACACAUCCUGUCUCUAUGGCAACUGUUGGCUGUGCAGCGAGCUAGGAUGUCACUGGAAAAUGGUCAGGAUCCAUUUGAAGAUAUGCCCAAGCAGUAUGCUGAGAAACUUGACAAGUCUGAAUCCAAGGCACUGAAGGAAGCCUUGAGACACAUCAAUGUAGACACUCUACUGGCUGAGUUGUAUGAGCUCAUAGCUGUUGCAGAGGAACAAACUAGGCUUCCGGAGUGGAGCUUGCAGUCUACCCUGAGUGCCUACAUUGAUACCAAGGAUGCCCCUGAAGUGGAGGGCUUGUUGGAGCACUUCCCACCCACCAUCCUGCUGAAGCACGCCUACCACACAUGGAGGAUGGUGGCAGAGUACCGACCACACGAGGACCAGGGGUCGUCACGCAGAGAUGCAAACAGGCUGCGACACUGAGAGACCAAAGAAACUACAUAAAGAUCUUGUAUAAAGGAUAUAUGC